GAUCCCUGCAGGCUAUCUGCACGUACUGCAAGGCUACGAAGGUACCUACCUGCCUCUGCCACAUGCUUGAUGGAAGCUGAAUUUGAAAAAUAUCGGAUACAACUACAACUUUAAAUUGCAAUACCUAUUCGAUAAUUAUUCGACAGUUGUAUAUACAUGUCUCGACACCCAAUCAGCACGUUGCAGACGAAUUAAUACCAUUUCCCGAGCCGCAAGACAUGAACGCGCCGACAUGAAUCUGCUGCUUUCCGACGACUACCUGCUCCAGGACUAUCCCGAGAAUAUCACAAAUACGAUCCGGUCCGGUCAUACGACAUGUCUCCGCUUCAAUCGCAGAGGCGACUACUUGGCAUCAGGUCGCGUCGAUGGCACAGUAGUAGUUUGGGACCUCGAAACGAUGGGCGUGGCGCGAAAGUUAAGAGGUCAUAGAGCGGCAAUAACUUCACUUAGCUGGUCCAGAUGUGGUCGUUAUUUGCUAUCUGCUUGUCAAGGCUGGAGGGCCGUUUUAUGGGAUCUUCAAGAUGGUACGAGGUAUCGAGAAGUGCGCUUUCGUGCCCCCAUCUAUACGGCAGAUUUACAUCCUUGGAAUCAUAACCUAUUCGUUGCGUCCGUAUUCGACGAGGCCCCGUCUAUUGUUGACAUGAGUGGCCCGAGCGAUGUCAAACAUACCCUUCCCUCUGCGCCGAAACGAGCCAAUGCCGAUGUCGAUGCAGCGACGAAGGAGAAACAUGCCAAAGAAGACGCAAAACAGAUGACAACUGUCACCGUGUGGACGGCUACAGGUGAUCAUGUCCUAGCAGGUACAAAUAAAGGUCGCCUCAACAUCAUAGACGCGACUAGCCACGAAAUCAUAUGGUCAGAGAAGAUAUGCAGUUCGGUAGUGACUACAUUACGGCUGACAGGGUCUGGUCGUGAAUUAUUGGUCAAUUCACAGGAUCGGAUCAUCAGAACCUUCCACGUACCAAACCUAUCAGCAGAGGAUCUCGACCCCGAUACGAUACAGGUGCCAUUAGAACACAAGUUUCAGGAUGUUGUUAACAGACUUUCUUGGAACCAUGUCACAUUCAGCGCCACCGGAGAAUACGUGGCAGCUUCUACAUAUAAUAAUCACGAAUUGUAUAUAUGGGAGCGAAAUCAUGGUAGUUUGGUACGAAUGCUGGAGGGGCCCAAGGAGGAGCAAGGGGUUAUCGAGUGGCACCCGCACCGAGCUGUACUAGCCGCCUGCGGACUCGAAACCGGUCGCAUCUACAUAUGGUCGGUGACUACGCCACAGCGCUGGUCAGCACUGGCACCGGACUUCGUUGAGGUUGAGGAGAAUGUAGAGUAUAUAGAGAGGGAGGAUGAGUUCGAUAUCCACCCCCAGGAGGAGAUUAACAAGCGUAGGCUGGACAGGGAAGACGAGGAUAUCGACGUAUUAACAUCGGACCUAAGCAAGGGGUAUCACGAGGAGGUCGACGGCGCAGAGUUCCGGAUGCCUGUACUAUUUAAUCUUGGCGAGAGUGACAGCGAGGAGGAGUUCGUUGCAGUGUCGACGGGUACGGUUCGGCGAAGAAGCUUGGGCGAAGGCCAUGAGGGCGAAGCUCCGGUCGAAGAAAAGGUAGCCGGAGGCAAGAAAACAGCCGCGAAGGGUACAAGAGGUAGGAAGAAGUAAGAUAAUAGUACCUUCUAGUGGCUUCCUAAUGAGACGAAUCCCCUAGCAGCAACAAACUGCCCAGUAAAAGCAAUUAUCUAAGCACUGUUACACUGUGUGUUUGUAGAAUUAGUCGUAUCAUGGUAUGUGCGUG